UGCAGCUCCUCUCCUGUGGGUUCGGGCGCGGUGGGGGUGGGGGCCUCGAGAAGCGAGUUCCCAGGGCCCGGCGUCCCCUUGUGAGGAUGGGGACAGCGCAGAGCUUUAACUCAAACUAAGUUUCUCUUGUGUUUAUAAUUCCUUUUAAUAACUCUUGUUGUUACUAUUAUUCGCUGCGAAAAUGUAAUUCACACUGUGAAUUCGGGUAAAACAUACCUACAUUUAUUUUAAAAUUUGAAUAUUUCCACCUGCAUUAUGACAUGUCACCAGUUACCUCCCUCCAACUCCGUCCUUUAGCCUUUAGAGUGGCUCUUGGGACUUUUGUACCCUCAGGCCAACAUCGAUUUGGCCAGCAGUACGACCUGGGUAAUGCCCUGUUUACUAAGGAAUAAAGGUAAGAGCAGAAGCCCUGACUUCAGGGACUGGAAGAGGAGGGUGGACUUGUGAAUAAAGAAGAACAUCUUUUGAAGCCUCCAAGAGUAAGUUGGAAGCAGAAUCUAAGUAAGAGUGAGGGGUAGGGAGCAUCUGAAGGCUAGGAUCCUUGUGGUCUGAAGCACAGAGGGAGGGGCACUUGGCCUUGGAGGAGAGGAGCUGGGACCCAGGAAGUGUCUGGAUCAGUGCUGACCAAUAGAAAUAGAAUGGGAGGUACAGAUGUAAUUUCAAGGGUUUUUUUAGUGGCUAUAUUUUUAAAAGUAUAUGCCCACAGUUAACACCUGUGUGAAGUGACCUAAGUACAAAGUUGUUCUUUACAGCCUUUAUUACGAUAGCAGAAGAUUGGGACCUCCUUAACUGUCCAUAAAUAGGGAGACCUAGAAGUUUAAUAGGUUAUAGUGCAUCUAUAGGAUGGAAUAUAAAAAGCAGCAAAAAGAAUGAAGCUCUUUAUGUGCUAACAUGGAAAGAUCUCAAGGAUACAUGAUAUGAAAAAGAAGCAGGCAACCAUAUUUGGAAUGACAAGUUUAUGCUUGGAAACACAAAACAGAGUAUAAAGUUAAAGACCCCAGGGACCUGGAGGAUGGACUUUUCCAAGGUAAAAAGUGGUUCUGGAGCAGCGGCUUACAGUGAGAAAUCAGAGCCUGCCACUCUUGAAGACUUUGGUUGGGCAAUUCCCAUUAAUCACAAUGCCUUCACAAUUUUAAAAAAUAAUGAGAAUCAGCUGUGUGAAAUCCUUCAGAAUAAAUUUGACUGUAUCUGUACCCUAGUCUCUGCAUCCCCAGAAGAUAACAGUGAGUCUCUGCAAGUCUUCAGAGAAAUGCUCAUUCCUGGGCUGGAGUUAUCUGUUUGGAGGGAUGACCUCACCAGACAUGUUGUUGAUGUUGUGGUGAACGCAGCCAAUGAAGAACUGAUUCACGCGGGCGGCCUGGCCCACGCCCUGGUGAAAGCUGGAGGCCCUGAAAUCCAGGAGAGGAGCAGAGAGAUUAUUUCCAGAUGUGGUAAAGUACCAACUGGUAAAAUAGCUCUCACAGGAGCAGGGAGACUUCCCUGCAAGUUAAUUAUCCACGCUGUUGGGCCUCGGUGGCUGGCGAAAGAUCCUCAGAGAUGUAUCGGUAAGCUGCAGGAGGCCAUUAGAAAUAUUCUGGAUUAUGUCACCUCACCCCAGUCACACAUUGAGACAAUAGCAAUUCCAGCCCUGAGCUCUGGGAUUUUCCAGUUCCCUCUGGAUUUGUGUACACACACCAUUGUAGAAACUAUCAGUAUUUAUUUCCAAAGGAAGCAACUGGCUGGUGAUUUGAAAGAAAUUCACCUCGUAAGCAAUGAGCAACCUACUGUUGUUGCCUUUAAAAAUGCUUCUGAAGGAAUCCUAAGGGUGAACAAGCUGGGAUCCUGUGUGAGUCAAGAAGCCACCGCACCUGCCAAUACGAUUACUGUAAACAGUGUGACUCUCCAGAUUGUCCAGGGCUACAUUGAACAGCAGGAGACCGAUGUAAUUGUUAAUUCUGUUUAUCCACACUAUGGUCUUAAGUUCGGACCUGUGUCGACAUCAAUUUUACAACAAGCAGGAGAAGAAAUAGAAUUGGAAUAUUACCAAAAAAUUACUGAGACAUUUCAAGAGUCUCAGGUGGUACUGAUCACAAAAGGAUUUAAAUUGUCCUGUCGAUAUGUAUACCAUGUGUUAUGGCAUUCAAGCGGUCUCCAACUAACUACGAUGCUGGGCAUUGCAGUGAAGGAAUGUUUGGAGAAAUGCCUUGAAUUAAAUAGAAGUUCCAUUUCCUUUCCUGCCCUUGGGACUGGAAGCAUUGGUAUAAGGAAGAAUACAGCAGCUGAGAUUAUGUUUAAUAAAGUUUUAAUGUUUGCCAAAUGCCACUCGAAAAAGCAAUUAACUGUAAAGUUUGUGAUCUUUCCAGAAGAACUGGAGACAUAUAAUGCUUUCAGUGCCGAGAUGGCAAGGAUUAAGUCCCAGAUGUGGGGUUUCAAUAACUACGGAGUCCCCCAGUGGACCAGAGAGGAGAAAAGAGAAAAUGGGCUCAAAACUGAAUCUCCUGCCAUCAGGCUGAGGGGAUGCAACAUAGAAAAGUUGGAGGAGGCCCAAACAUGGAUCCAAAGGAUACUGAACCUUCACGACCACCACAUCAUUGAAAAUAGUCAUAUCUUCUACCUUGGGAAAAGGGAACAUGACAUUUUGACUCAGCUCCAGAAUAACUUAAGGGUCUCUAUCUCAGAGAUCAUCAGUCCGGAAAAGGUAAUUUUAGAGAUUAAAGGAGCCCAAGCUAACCUCAUUGAGGUGGUUAUGAACAUUGAGCAUAUGCUGUGUGAAGUUCAAGAGGAAAUGGCAAGAAAAAAGGAGCUAGCCCUUUGGAGCUGGUUAGGACAAGGGACUGAUUGGCAACCAAAAAACCAGGACGAAAUGAAAAGGACUACAUUUCUGAAAUGCCCAAAGCUUUUGAGUGAGGAAAUUCAGGAUCAGAAGAAACAGUUUGAAAGCUGUGGUUUGCGGGUUAUAAAGGUGGAGGAAAUUGACAAUGCAGUUCUCAUGGCUAUUUUCCAAAGAAAGAAGAAAAUGGUGGAAGGAAGAACACAUCGGAAGCCUGUGAGCCACAGGCUGUUUCAGCAAGUUCCUUACCAGUUCUGUGAAGCAGUGUGCAGAGUUGGCUUCCAAAGAAUGUAUUCAGUGCCCUGUGACCCAAAAUAUGGAGUUGGUAUUUACUUCACCAAGAAUCUGAAAAACCUAGCAUACCAAGUCAAGAAAACACCUACCACAGAUGAGCUGAUUUAUGUGUUUGAAGCUGAAGUACUCACAGGCUCCUUCUGUCAGGGUCAUCAGUUAAAUAUUGUCCCCCCACCAUUGAGUCCUGGAGAUAGAGAAAGCCACGAUAGCGUGGUUGACAAUGUGUCCAGCCCUGAAAUCUUUGUUAUUUUUAGUGGCACACAGGCUCUGCCUCGAUAUUUGUGGACUUGCAUCCCGGAUCGUGUACAGCCACAGGAUGACUCAGCAGGACUGAUGAUGCUGUCUUCACAGCAGCCUUGGGGAAGAUUCUCAAGUGGUAGCUCUGUUGAUUAACCUCCACAUCAUUUUGACAACUGGCAUGACCUUACUUUGAAGGAGAUAUCCAAAUAAUGACCGUCAGUAAGUCAGAGUAGUUUGAAUAUGUCAAAUGGGUUGGCAAUAUGGACUGAUUGGGUUAUUUAAGGGCCCUCCCACAUACUGGCAUCUUAGUUCUUUCAUCUUUAUCUUCAUCUCUUGGGACUGAGGUGGAUAGAUCCCAACUAAAACGCUCUCAGGACCAUGCCCUCUCUUUCAAGUUGUCUUUUCAUUUCUUUUACUAUAGGCUCACAGCAAAAAUGUUUUACGUGUAAUGAAGGGAUUUUUCUAUCAUGUAAUCCAAGGCUUUUUAGUUUCUAAAAUGAUAGUGUAACAGCAAAAUGCUUUUAGAUUUUUCAGAUAAUUUUACAUAAUGUUUUUGAUAUCAAAAUAAAUCACUUUUGUCUGAGUAACGGGA